CACCCGGGAUACUAUCUGACCUCGUCGUCUGACAGUCGCUACCUUUGCUUUGGAGGCAGACGGUACAAGCCGAACCCAAGUGCGACAUGCAACGCAUGCCGGAGCAUCGCCAACUGUGAGAGGUACAACCAGUGUACCGGGCCAAGCGACUCGAGAUGCACCAAGUGCCAAUAUGACCGGGGAAACAGGCCACAAGGCGUACCAGCUCUCCAGCGAUGGGACACUGUGCACUCAACUGUGUUCGUGGCGACCAGACAGCAUAUUCUGCUACCCGGGCAGAUGUACCCACAAUACACCAUCCUCCUGCACAUGUGCACCGGGAUUUGGCGGAUCCAACUGUUUGACAAUUAACACCGCUCCUGCGAUGACUAGCUGCUCGGGUAAGCUGAAAAGCAUUGUAGGCGGAACGGAACGGGACACUAUUGAAGCAUCAUGCAUGGACACAGGAUCUCCUUCAACUGUCUGGACCAAUAUUGCGUCCGACCCUACUGGUCAGAUUCAAUUUCAGGUUGAUUGGGAAACCAGUUUCCAAGGCCCAAGUGCAACAGACUGGCCCAGGCAGUACUACAUACACGACCACGGGAUAGGGGUGAUCUCAGCAUCGGUGGACUGGUGGCUGGAGAGAGCUCGAGGUGGCACCAGGGUCAGCAGUGGCACACUGUCCUGUGCGGACGGUGGCAUCAGUAGAGACAGUCCUAACCCAUCCCCGUAUUGCAACUCAACUGUGACCAUGGCGGUCCCACCGCAGCAUGGGGACAGCCUCUUCUACACUACCAAGUCAACAAACGGUGGAUACGUCAAAGUGCGGAACUAUGACCGCACGUCGGGCUACACCGUGAACCCACCGGUCUACCUAGCCGGACGAGAGGUCUCCCACACCGCCCACUUUACCUUCGACACCCGGUCUCCUCACCACUGUUCUAAGUCAGGAGGAUGUGCGGACAACAUGCUGGACAGGGGACCGGCGAUUACUAAAAAUGGCAACAUCCGUCUCCGCUGGUCUGACUGGAGUGAUGACGACUCGGGCAUCAAGCAGUACGUGUGUGAAGUGUUCCUACUGGAGCGGUCAGGGGAGGAGCUGCAGGAGAAAUACCCCGCCGUCGCUGUUGGGAGACACGGACCUGAUACUACAGAAAUGGACGUGGUACUGACUGAAGCAGGUGAUACAUCUCUAUUUGUUCGCCCAGGUGUGUACAGUGUAGUCCUGACCGUAGAGGACUCAUCCGGUCCGAAUGACGGAAACUUCAUCACCGCCCGACGUUUCCUCAUCUUCGACAACAACAGCACAGUGGAGACCGACACAUCAGGGCACUUCCCACUGUGGGUGGACUCAGUCGCCAACAACUCCGCUUGGCAAACUGAUUUGCAGGACGUUGCAGGAAAUGGGCCAAAGGUACAAGUGAAGUGGUCGGGUCAUUUCUUCAACAGCCUCCAUCGCGAUAACAAGUUCCUGAACCCGAUAAAGGAACACCAUCCUCCCAUAACAACCGGAUAUGAGGAGCUGACAGGCCUUCCCCCGGCGACCAGGUCCCGCGAGGCCGUCCCUAAUGUAGCCGGCAUCGUGAUAUACCAGACCGCGUGGGGAGUGGACCAUCAGGGAGGGCGGACUCUCACGGCUCCUGCUGACAACUGGGAUAGCGGCACGGAUGUGUUGGCUGAACAAAAAGAACUAGACAUCGCCCGUCAAGACGGUGACACCAUCCGGGUCUGGGUUCGCGCGUUUGACGUCAUGGGGAACGCUGCAGAGGACAGCGUCACUGUCCACGUGGACUCAUCUCCGCCGGUACUGGACAACAUGACGCUCUCAUUUCAACAGGGCACGGGCGCGGGCAACAACCACCCCGUGAUUUCAGGCAUAAAGGUACUGUUUACGGCGUAUGACGACCACAGCGGUCUGCAGGACAUCCACUGGGAGCUGCACGACCUCGCCGACACAAGCGUGGUGCACGGGGAAGGGCAGAUAACUGUCCGGAAAACAACGGUUGGCGAUCCUGGUUGUCAGUCCCCCCAAUGUAUCUGCAUCCCUAAGGACGGAGGGUGUUACUUCCACAACUAUGAACUUUUCUUGGAUAUGGACAACAGUGGAAACAUGCAGAGUACCGCUAACCAGACAUACUAUUUCAUCAUUACUGUCACCAACAAUGCCAUGCUGAAGACCUGGAAGAUACUCCCGGUGAAAGAUGACUCAAACACCCAAUUCUCUGUCGGCAACCCCAAUAAGAUUCCAACCGUCCACAAUGGCAAGUGCCAUUGGUUCUCUGACGACAGCCUGUCGCAGGAAGAGGCCUCCACCGCCUGUACAGACAUGAAGGGGCGACUGAUCGACAUCAACGACGAGUCGGAACAGCAGAUACUUGUGAGUUACAUUCCAGGGACGAGUGGCGUCAGCUACUGGACAGCUAUCAAAUCCCGGACUCCCGAUCUGUUUUACCCGGACGGAUCGCAAUUCUCUCCCCAAUCAUCCUGGAUGUCCGGUGAUCCAUACGCCCCCUGUGACGUCUGCGUGCUGUUGGACAGCGCCAGUGGCUACAAGGGACAGUACCACAGUUGUUCGGAGCAUCAUAGCUACGUCUGUGAGUCUGAUGUCCAGCUGUGUAGCCCGAAUGUGUGUCUGAACGGUGGAAACUGUACCUGGUGCUUCUCCGACUACAGCAUGUGUGACUGCCCAUCAGGAUACACAGGCGAUUUCUGUGAAACCGACAUAGACGUGUGCUCGUCUUCUCCUUGUCAAAACGGCGGAACUUGCGUGGAUGACGUCGAUUCCUUCAGCUGCACCUGCGCCCACGGAUACACAGGGUCUUUUUGUGAAGCCGACAUCGACUGGUGCGACCCUAACCCGUGCCCGUCUGGCUGGAACUGUGUGGACGGGUUGAUGGGGUUCCACUGUGCAGAUCAGCUUCAGUGA